UCGGUUGCAUUAGCUAAGCACUCGGAUUAUCAGUGUUGUAUCUAUUAGUAGUGAAGUUCCCUAUCAAAUAAAUUAAACAAUUUGGAUUAAAGUGAGGAUUAUUUCCAAAAAAUUGAGUGUUAAGAAUGAGUGCAUCCGGGAAAAGUUUCCUAGGUUUGUGGCUGUAUCGAAGUGGUGAACGAGAAUGGUCGGUGAAACAAGGAAGUCCAAUACACAAACGAAAAGAAUUCGCUGAUCGAGAAACUACUAAAAGUUGUCCUGCACCCCCAUCACCGGGUGACCGCACAGCGAUAAUUUUUACAUUGAAGAAUCAAGUCGGGAACUUAGCACGAGCUCUACAAGUGUUUCAGGAACUAGGGAUCAAUGUUAUGCAUAUUGAGCUACAGCCAAUGGAUCCAGAAGCUACGCAGGCUGAUGUACUUGUUGAUAUCGAGUGCGAUUCAAAGCGAUUACAACAAGUUAUACGAAUGCUAAAGCGCGAAGUUGCAUCUGUUAAAUAUGCCUCUGUUGACGACUCUGCGGAAGAUUCUCCAGUAACGCCAUUCUCUGUUUGCAGUAGUUUCGAUUUUGGAGAUAUGGUAUGGUUUCCACGUAAAAUAUCAGACUUAGAUAAAACACAAAAUGUUCUGAUGUAUGGAUCAGCGCUAGAUGCAGAUCACCCUGGGUUUAAAGAUCCUGUCUACCGGAAAAGAAGGGAGCAAUUCGCAGCGAUCGCGAAUUCCUACAAACAUGGCACUCCAAUUCCAAAAGUACAAUACACGGAAGAAGAAAUUAAAACUUGGGGAGUCGUUUUCAACGAGUUACACAAAUUGUACGCAAAGCAUGCUGUACCGGAGUACAUGGAAAAUUGGCCGCUGCUUGUCAAGUAUUGUGGAUAUCGCGAGGAUAAUCUUCCACAACUGCAGGAUGUUAGCAAUUUCCUGAAACAUAAAACAGGAUUUCAGCUACGUCCAGUUGCAGGGUACCUGUCGCCACGAGACUUUUUAGCUGGGUUGGCUUUUCGCGUAUUUCACUGCACCCAAUAUAUACGUCAUUCUUCGGAUCCAUUCUAUACACCAGAACCAGAUUGUUGCCACGAGCUUCUUGGUCAUAUGCCGUUACUGGCGAAUCCAAGCUUCGCCCAAUUCUCCCAAGAAAUAGGAUUGGCGUCUUUGGGAGCUUCAGAUGAUGAUAUCGAUAAACUUGCAACACUCUAUUUUUUCACUGUUGAGUUCGGAUUAUGUAAACAGGUAGAUGGUUCCUUCAAAGUUUAUGGGGCCGGAUUGUUGAGCUCAGUGGCCGAAUUGCAACAUGCUAUUUCAGCAACGAAUAAAAUCAAGAAAUUCGACCCCGAUAUAACUUGUAGAGAGGAAUGCAUAAUUACCGCAUACCAAAAUGCAUAUUAUUUCACAGAUUCAUUCGAAGAGGCCAAGGAAAAAAUGCGCACGUUUGCAGAUAGUAUUCAAAGACCUUUUGGAGUUCGCUACAACCCCUACACACAAAGCGUUGACGUUCUUUCUAAUGCGAAAAAAAUAACGGCCGUAGUAAGCGAACUCCGGGGAGAUCUAAGUUUGGUUUGUUCAGCCUUGAAGAAAGUAUCGGCAAUGGAUGAAAACCUGGAUGUAGACGGAAUUGUCAACUUGCUUCAAACAAGUGUACAAGUAAGUGGCGAAAGAAGUCCGGCUAGCCUUGGGUCUCCAGAUAACUCCGAUAACUCUCAAGGUUCAAAUAAAGAGCUCCAGUAAAUCAAUGUCAUUCUCCAAACCAAUGAAUUUCGACUAUUAACCAACUCUCGAAGGACAGGCGCUCAGUUGACAAAUAAUCUUAUAUAUGUUAAGCUACCAUAUGUUAACAAUUGAUGGGAUCACUUAUCUUAAUUCUUAAUAAAUUAUGAAACGCCAUUCUUUUUUAAAAUGUAUUCUCCAACACAAGACAUCAUAAAACAUUUUUAGAAGAGAAGAAAAGUUGAAGCUUCAGA